AUAGAAAACACUAACAUUUUCGAAGUAUAUUAUGUAUUAUAAUAUGUAGUCUAAACUUGAUGUCUUGCAUGUAAUGUUGAAUUAUAGGUAUUGAAAAUACUACAUAUAAAUAAUUCAGCUGCGUUGAUAUCCGACCUCACAUGCCUAGUGCUCAAUACUGAAUUUUGCAGUUGAAACAUAUAUGCAUCAAUGUGACCUAUGGCAUUACGAAACACGAAUCCGUCUCAGAAGAAAACAUCUUUGUUGACAACUUGUUACAUUUGUAAACAGACUUACCAGAAUCCCAAGGUACUAUCGUGUUAUCACACCUUUUGUGAAGCGUGCCUUCAAGAGACUGUUCCCGGUCAGGGGUUGUCCUUGCAUUGUGUUGUUUGCGGACACCAAUCGAUACUUCCAAAGGAAGGCGUGUGCGAAUUAAGGACAAAUCCGUACGUGGAUAGAAUAAUGCGAAGCGCUACAGACGAAGAGAGUGUCAACAGCGAGAUAGAUCUUAGUAACGUUACAGAUGUGUCUGAGCUGCACGCCAACAUAGCAAUGGAACCGCGUGUAACAAGCAGUUCGAACGUCUCGAAAAAUGAUUUAUCUUUGUCAAGUACAAUCUUGUGUAACUCACACUGCGAACGACCCGUUGCAAUGUAUUGCAAGUCGUGUGACAUGGUAGUCUGCAAGAAGUGCGCUAAAACGGAACACGUUGAACACAACGACGCCAUUGCCAGUUUAGAAAGCGUAUCAUCGGAAUGCGAAGAGACUCUUCUGAAACAGGCGGAUGCUCUUGAACAAAAAUUGACCCCACUCCAGAAAUCUCAGCACGAAAUAGCACAACUAUUCGACGAACUCGAAGUCAACAAAAAUUGUGCCAUGCAACUCAUUAAUGAUUACUUUGACACAUUAGAAAAGGCCUUGUGCGAAAGAAGAGGAGAGCUUCUGCGUAAGAUUGAGGUAACAUAUGUGGGAAAGAGUUCGAAAUUGAUGGAACAAUCGGAUAAUAUACGCAAAUAUAUAGACAGUAUGGAAGAAGGCCUCGAUGUAAUCGUACAAUCGUUGUCAAAUAAACCUGAAUCAUCACGAACCAGAGAAAACGUUCAAUGUAAUCAUUCUCUGCAAGAAAAAGAAACAAAUGCAUUUUUUCUACAUAAACAAAUAUCAAAGACAUUGGAUGAUCUUUGUAAAUAUAAACUGAGCUCUGAAACCUUUUGCAUGAAAAAAGAUGACAGCACUAGUACUGUCUCGGAACAUAGCGUGCGCUUAACCGGAGUACACGGGACGCAAACAUACCAAGCACCUGUUAAGCUUACAGUGCCUUGCGAAAAUUCACAUAUAUCCAUACAAAACUUACAAAAUGUUAACAAACUCAGGCACAUGAUUUCUACAUUUGGCUCACUAGAAACAAGUCAAGCAAUUUCUCAAAAAAGUGUUCUGAGUGGAGAAUGCCUCACAACAGGAAUAUGUAAAGCUGGUUGUGACAAUACCAUAAUAUUAUCAGCUAAAACGUGGUCGGGUGAACUAGAAACAAGUGGAAAAGUAGAAGUUACUGUAGAUAUUGAAUAUGUCGGACCAAAUGAACACGAAACAGGCCAUUUUCGAGCAAACCCACAUUCAAACAAAUUGAACUCAAGUAAUAGAAGGAUGUCGCCUCGGCCUCUUUCUGGAUCAAGCUUUUCCUUUUCUACUCCGACAAAAUCUCACAUCCGCAAAAUGAAACAAAGUUCCCCAAGCGCAACAACAAAACGUAGUCCAUUGAAAGAUAUUUUCCUACACCCGAAUGAGGACAACAGUUCACAAACUCCGACAACGCCUUCAUCGCAAGGCAGUGAAAUAUUGGAAAAUCCUGGAGCUACUUAUCGAAUUGAUUACAUAAAGCAUGGAGCAUACGAAAUAACAUUUAAUCCCAGAGUUCCGGGAAAAUACAAAUUCUCUGUUCAGGUUUAUGGUAAAGAAAUCCGUAAUGGAAAUUUUGUGAUUUCUGCUUUUGAUCUAAUUAAACAACAAGGUCCCAAUGCACGCAUAAGAUCACCAGCAAAAACGGACAAAAUUAGCAUGCGCCCACAGAGUGUUAGACAAAGGGGGAUGAAACGUCCACAAAGUAUGGGCCCACGUAAAAACCCAAUAGAAGAUGACCUCGUACAGAAAGUUGGUAGCCGAGGUCGAGGCAAAGGCGAAUUUUCUAAUCCACAAGGUGUCUCAACUGACCACCUGGGUCGUCUCGUGGUUUCCGACAGCACUAAUCAAUGCAUUCAAGUGUUUUCCGUAAGCUCAAAGAAAACAAGAGAACCUAAAUACCUCUUCAGAUUUGGUGAACGUGUUGCAGGUCGAGGAAGUGGACAAGUUCAGCGACCUACUGGAGUUUUCGGUUUACCAAAUGGUGAUAUAGCUGUUUCAGAUUAUGACAAUAAAGUGGUAAAAAUAUUUUCUGAAGAUGGAACAAGCAAAUUGAAUAUUGGAACGGGAAAGCUCAUGGGGCCUAAAGGUUUAUGUAUCGAUCACAAUGGACAUCUUGUAGUUGUGGACAAUAAAUUAUGUCAAAUAUUUGUGUUUCAACUCAAUGGAAAACUCGUAACUAAGUUUGGGACUCGAGGCACAGAAAUCCAUCAAUUGGCCGGACCUCAUUUUGUAGCUGUUUACAACGACAACUUUUAUGUAUCCGAUUUUUACAAUCACUGCAUAAAAAUAUUUUCUGCGAGUGGCAAAUGCAGUAAUGUAAUCGGCUCAACCGGUGAAGGUUGCGGGCAAUUCAACGCUCCCACAGGUCUGGCAAUCGAUUCUCGAGGUAACAUGAUAGUUGCGGACUGGGGCAACAGCCGACUUCAAGUUUUUGACAAACAUGGAUCAUUUCUUUCAUAUAUAAACACAGACGAAGAUCCACUUUAUGGACCACAAGGCGUUACUCUUAUUAAUGAAGACCAAGUGGCUGUGGCGGAUUCAGGAAAUCAAUGCGUUAAAAUAUAUCGAUACCUGCAAUAAUGAUUCAUCAAAUUUCAUUUCUUUAUUUUUGUUCCUCGUGUUUAUUCUGAGUUUAUUGUUGAUUAUGAAAACUAUCAAAGACAAUAGAUUGAUUUGCAUAAAAUUGUUGAAACGUGAA